GCCUUUACGCACGGCGGCAGUACCCUAGCGUCUCCUCGCGUGAGGAGCAGGCAGUAGGUCGCUCUCUCAGGACUCUGCUGUUCCGCACCAUGGAGUUCGCGUGGCUGCUGCUCUUCGUCGCCCUCGGUGGGCUCCGGGGGGCCCGCGGUCUGCAGGAGGUUGACGUGUUCCCCUCCCGUGGUGGAGAUAUCCGUGACUUCACCGUCGCCGCACGCUGGGUGUACGUCGUCACCGGCGACUACCUGUACCAGCUCAACCACAGCCUGGGGCUGCUUCACAGUCUGACACAGAGAGGAGAAUACAUGGCGUCCUCGAUUCGGUUUAACAGGGCUUCGGAAGGGGGCACGUCCACUUUUAGCGUCAAUACCUUGGCGCCACUUGUGGAGCGCAACCUGUUGUUCACCUGUGGUGCGCUGAACUCCGGCUAUUGUGAGACGCUGAACUUGACGGACAUAACUCAGAUAAUAAGCGGGGAGGAUUUUGAAUUGAGUCCUUUUGUGCCAAAAGGCAUCUCCGUGGGUUUUGUGGUUGACGUGAAUGGAAAGUCUUACAUUUUAGCUGCUGCUGAAGGAAUGAACGAGACAAGGUUUGGGGACUAUCCAAAAAAAUCGCGAAUUCGUCUUCAUAACACGCAUGAUGGUCAGGUUGGAAAACUGCUCUCGGCCAUAGACGGUAGGGAUAGCCCCGAAAUCGUUGCGCAUGCUCAUGGUGUCCAGUUUGUGGAUGGCUUUCAAAUCAAAUCAACGAUUUUUAUUUUUUCAAACUUAAAUUACGACGCCCCUAAAGUUCGUCUACUUUGGUUUGCGAGCAAAACAAGCAAAACCGAAACGUUAAGGUCCCUGCGAGGUGCGACACUCGUCUGCUGUGAAGGUGGCAAAGCGCGCCAGAGACUCGUUUCUUCCUCGGUGAUUCCCGGGGACCAACCGGUCCUCUGGGCAGGGAUAUUUACCGACCAUGACGUCACUAUCACGGAGCUCGCCGUAUAUGACGUCAGUCCGCCAACUGAGGCAGUGACCUACACGGACCCAGACUUCGGCUUCAAACAAGAACCUUGGAAGGGUGACGUGCCCAUCACGCUGAGGCCAAGGCGCGUGCUGCUGAGGCAUCGUUUCAUGACGUCGGUGCUCGCGGUCAAGCUGAACAACUGGCUGAUCGUCUUCAUCGGCACUGGAGACGGUCAACUGCUGAAGCUGACGGUGGACGCCAAGCUCCAGGCCCAGUGUCUCAGCGUCAUCUGGAAGGCCCCCGACGACCGCCGCGUCUUUCCCAAGAUGCACCUGGACCCCGUGGGCCGCAAGCACGUCUUUGUGGCGGUUAGGGACAAGUUGAUGCGUGUUCCAGUGUCUCAGUGUGUUCAACACAGCAGUCUGCAGUCCUGCUGGAACGCCCGCGACCCGUACUGCGGCUGGUGUGGAGCUCUGACACGAUGCAGCUUUGAGGACGAGUGUCCAUCUUCUCUGUGGCUGUCCGUCCCAGAUGACCUCAGCCAGCGGCGGAUGCUCUCCCACAGCUUCCAGGAAGACGCAGAAGGAAAAAUCACGCUGGUGGUCUUCACCCACCUGAAGAGAGGUGGAGCUCCUGCUAACUUCUCCUGCCGAUUCGACUCAAGCGUCGGAGUGCUGGGAGGACUAGGGUACAAAUACCCAGAAUGCACCUGCCUGCUGCCUCCUGUGAUUGCAGGCCUGCGUGUGAGCGUCACCCUGAGCCUGGGGGAAGUGGAUGUGACUGAAGAACUGAACCUCCUCAACUGCUCUGGGAUCACCGGAGCUCCCACUCCCCUACUGUGUAGCCAGUGCCUCGCUGCCGGGUGUGGGUGGAGCAACGGGGCCUGUACGUGGACACGCAGCGGAGCUCUGAAUAUGUCCAUCUGCCAGGGUCUGCAGACCGGGGUUGACUCUCUGCCAGAGAUAUUCAACAUUACCCCGAGUGAGAUGUCCUUCUACGGUAAAAACAACGCGGUGCUGACGGGAAGGAACCUGGGUCAUGUGAUCGGAGUUCGGCUUCAAGGACACCUGGACUGCAGCGCGAAAGAGGCUUCGGUGAGGCGCAAUACGGGGGCCAGCCUGACCUUCCACAUCCCCGCCGGAGACAAGGGCCGGGUCGAGGUCUGCCUCCUCCUGCCCGACGGCGGUUGCCACGGCAACGCGUCGCUCACCUACCUGUCGGCGCCGGUCUGCGCCUCCAUCUCCCCGGACACCACCUGGGCCAGCGGGAAGAGGAGGAUGAACAUCACGGUGUCCAAUCUGAAGUUUGUCAAUGAGGUCAUCCACAGCCACACAGAUGAAAGGGUCACCUUCUCCGAGUCAAGCGACCAAUCUCUGCAGUUCGAGAGCCUGGCGGCAGACCGCGACCCCUUCAGCAGCACUGUGACCCUGAGGGUAGCCAAUCACACGCUGGCCUGCCCCACCGCCAUCCGCUACCUGCCAGAACCCCAGUUCACCGACUUCAUCUCCGCGCCUGCGGCGGACCACCUACGGCUCACCAUAGAGAAAAAGUCAGAUGAGCUCCAGAUGGCCCCAGAGGACCUGCGGGUGAAGGGCGUCCAGGGCGGUGAAGACUACGACUGUGUUAUCACAAAAAUCGAACGCAGCAGCGGCACCGACUUCAUCACCUGCGUCAUCCAGAUCUCCUCUGAUGCGGAGAUAACAGCAGUGAAGAUAAUGUACGGAAGCCAGACGAAAGUCCUGACGCACUUUGACUACCUCAAACUGCUGCUCCUUCUCCUCGUAGUUCCCUUGAUCGUGGGCACGGGGGUGGGCGUCUACUGCUGGCAGAAGAGGAGUCUCACCGCCCGGAUGAACAAUCUCAUCGAGGUCCUGGAGAUGGACAUCAGGAACGACAUCCGCCAAGGGUUCGUGGACAUGCAGACGGAGGACUCGGACCUGAUUGAGAACGUGGGGGCGAUCCCCUUCCUGGACUACAAGCACUUUGCCGCCAAGAUCUUCUUCCCCGAGGGGGGAAGUCUGAUGACGGCGUGCCUCAAAGACAUCAGCCAGGACCCGAGGAAGAUGGAGAAGCAGGACGAUGGCUGCGGGCGCCUGGCCCAGCUGCUCAGAGAGCCCUUGUUCCUCACCUCCAUGGUGCACACCUUGGAGGAGCAGAAGUCCUUCACCAUCCAGCACAAGUGCACGGUGGCCUCCGUCCUGACGGUGGCGCUGCACCGCGACCUGGGCUACCUGACGGAGGUGAUGGAGCAGCUGCUGCGGGCGGCCAUGGAGCAGCCCAGCAACGGCCAGCACAAGAUGGUGCUGCGCCGCACGCAGUCCAUCGUGGAGAAGGUCCUCACCAACUGGAUGUCCAUCUGCCUGUACGGCUUCCUCAGGGAGAGUGCGGGCCAGCACCUGUACUUCCUGGUGAGCGCCCUGACGCAGCAGAUCGCCAAAGGACCCGUGGACUCUGUCACCGAGAAGGCUCUGUACACCCUCAGUGAGGACUGGCUACUGUGGCAAGCCCAGGACUUCACUGCUGUCAAGCUGCAGGCGGUGUUCAUGGUGGGUGGCGACGGGCAGCUCAGCGAGCCGCUGGAGGUGGAGGCGCUCAGCUGUGACACCGUGGACCAGGUCAAACUCAAGAUCCUGGCCGUCUUCAAGGCCAAGUUCGGCUUCGCCUACAACAUCCCGCUCCGGGACAUACGGCUGGAGCUGGAGCAGGGCCCCGGUGUGUUUGUGGCCCUGGAGGAGGUGGACCGCAGCUCAGAGGUCAUCGGGGAGGUCACCAUGCUGAACACACUCCGCCACUACAAGGUGCCGGCUAAAGUCACAGUGAAGGUCCUGUCUACCGGCUGCCAUCCACCACUGGUCUCACAGAGCAGUGUGAAGGAUGAUCAGAAUUUCUCCGUCAAGUACUUUCAUCUGAUCGAUCCUGACGUGUGUGAGGACCAGGGCAUGAACCCAGAGAGGAAGAAGUUGAAGCUGAAGGAAGUGCAUCUCACCAAGCUGCUGUCCACCAAGGUGGCGGUCCACUCCUACGUGGUCAACCUGUUUCGGGGGAUCUGGGGCGUGGGCCCCGGCAAAGCCCCCCCCGCCAUCAAACACUUUUUCGACUUCCUGGAUGGCCAGGCGGCCAGAAUGAAGAUCGCCGACCCGGAGGUCCUGCACAUCUGGAAGACCAACAGCCUGCCGCUGCGCUUCUGGGUGAACAUCCUGAAGAACCCCCAGUUUGUGUUCGACAUGGACAAGUCGGACCACCUGGACGGCUGUCUGUCCGUCAUCGCUCAGGCCUUCAUGGACUCCUUCUCCCUGACGGACACCAAGCUGGGCAAGCACGCGCCCACCAAUAAGCUUCUGUAUGCCAAAGACAUCCCUCAGUUCAAACAGGAAGUGAAAGCGUAUUACAAUUGUGUCCGGGAACAGCAGCCGAUCACCACAGCUGAAUUCAAGGAUUUCCUGCUAGAAGAGUCAAGGAAACACGACAACGAGUUCAACGAGCCGGCGGCUCUCCGAGAGCUCUACAAGUUCAUUCAUCAGUAUUUCACGGAGAUCGAGCAGAAGCUGGAGCACAGCGGCGCCCCUGCUGAGCUUAAAGAGCAACUGAAGCAGGUCAAGAAUCAGUUUGAUGGCCAGAAAAGCUGCUCUUGGGACUGAUAGAAAUUAUGCAAAAGUGGCUUUAUUUGCAUUUCUUCGUUAUCGCAGUGACGCUCUUAAAAGACUUCCUGUGUCAACAGUGAAAUGAGAUCUCAGAAGGGAUGAGAAGAGGAGAAACAAUGUUAUUUAUUGUUCAAAUCUCUAGCAAAUGGGACCAGUAAGCACUGCUUUAGUUUGGACGCUCUCCUCUUGGAGGCCAUGGUCAAAUUCCAGGUAGAACCGGUUUGUUUCAUCCUUCUGCUAUUAGUUGUCCCAGUGACGAUGUAUGCUAACUUAUAACUUAUGGCAACGUAUUUUGUGCCAUAAGCUAAAAUGAGCUAAAAUGCCGUAAACUGUACUUUUCUUUAUUUUACCAUUUUUUUAUGUGCUUAUUAGCAUUGUGCUAAAUGCGAACAUAUGUAUAGGUAUGUUGUACAAGACAAUAAUAUGAGAUGAUGUUAUGUAAUUUUUUCUACAUGAGUUGGUUAUAAAAGUAUUUUGCCUUUAAACGGAUAGAAAAGCUUCUAUUUUGAAAAGCUUGUAUUUUGAAAAGCUCUCCGGCCUGUAAUCAAUGCAUUCAUUAGCGCAGCACUUCUAGGUCCAUCUCCAUAGCACACUGAACGGAACAGCCCUCCAUUAGAGGGAUAGAAUAUGUUGCAUCUUCGUUAUUAAGAGAUGGUAAAUAUGAGG